AUGGAUUUGAACGAAUCGCAAACAGGACUGCAAUCACCGGUUACACAGCAGCAACUUUUAAUCACACCGGGUGGAACAAAACAUUGGAUACCACUCUGUGGCGAAUCGAUUAAACUAUAUCAAGGACAAAGAUUUCGGGAAUUACAUGAAGCGGUAAACUUCUACAUGACUUAUGCUCUUACUGUUGGAUUUGACGUGAGACAUAGCAUAUUGGUGAAAGCACGUGACAAGAUGGUUAUUUGGAAAUACCUCGUGUGCUCACGGGAGGGGUAUAAGCAUUAUGCAGUCAUCAGUCCUACAGGGCAUGCUAAAGGUCAUGUGACGAGACAUAUGGUUGUUUGUUUGGAAAAGGGUCCGCGAUUGUUCAAGCUUCAAGCUUCUGGCCGUCGAUUGCGGAGGGACGGUCCGUCUGGAGGUUGGUGGUGUCGAUCCUUGGAUGCUGUUGGUCUCUGGCUGGUCUGGGUCGUCUUUUCUUCUUCGAUUGCUAACCUUUGGUUAUGCUCUAGGUCGCUGGUAGAGAUGUGGGUUUUACAGGCGAUUCGCUCGAAGGUCGGUCGGCGGUCGGUGGUUCCGCUGUCAAGCUGUCAGUCACUUGGGGGUUUGAGCUUCUGGGUUCGGGUCGCUGGAGUUUGGGACUGGCAGCCCCUUCCCGGUUCUCUGGUGUUGGGUCCAGGUUUGAGUCGUCCGGGCUCGGCUAGUGGUGUUAGACGGGUUUGGACUGGUUUGGCUUGGGGGUUGCUUUGUUCCUAUCGGUUGGAGGUGGGUCGAUUCGGGUUUGGGGUCCGCGUUUGGCUUCUGUAUAGGCGUUCGGCAGCAGUUUCAGUAGUUGGGCUAGGGCUUCGGAUUCUAUUGGAAUCGAUUGUUCUCCGCUGUAUCGACUCGUCAAUCUGUUGGGGAAGGGCCCUCUUUUGUUUUACUGUUUUUGAUGUAGUUUGUUCGAGUCUGUGUUAG